CGUCAUAAUACCAUCCCAAGUGUGUCUUUGCACUUUAUUUUUUUCUUGCCAUCAUGUCCAGAUCAACUCUGGGGAUGGGGAAGUGUUUUUUUCUGGGAAUAAGUCUGUUUUGUGUGUGUGAAGCUGAUAUCUCAUUUUCAUCUGGUGCCAACGUCUGAAGUGCAUGGAGUGCUAUGUCUAGGCGCCUAUAUAUCUAAAUUGAGUGACAAGUAGGCACAUGUACUACUUACGCUUAAGCUUUUCACUGCUCCAUAGUAAUUUAAUUUUGUGUAUGUUUACAUGUACCAUAUCGUAAUUCGUAUUCUAAGUAGAUAUCUCUUAGUUAAAAAAUGCUGCUGGUUUAAAAAUGAGCUUUCCGAGUCUGGCCCAGAGUUGCAUAUGCAGAGAGUUUUUGUCCCACUCUCAUUUUCUAUAAUCAUACAAGGAAACAUUGUAUUGAACUAAAGUUAAUGCAUGCUGGUUAAUGAAUAAAGAAAUAAAAUUAAGUCAUAGCUGAAAUUAGAACAGAAAGCAGAAUAGUAUAACAAAUAAUUUUCUUUAUUUUACCAAUAAACUGAAAAUGAAGUAAUCAACUGUAAGAUAUUAAACCUAUGUGCGUUGUGUUUUAGCAUCCAAGAUGAUCCCCUCGUGGAAGCCCCAGCCAUUUUAAUAAAAAAUAAAUGCAGUAUAAAAUAAUGACUUGUACAUUGUAACUGUUUCAAUGCAGCAAAAAAUAUGGAGGUAAAUUACGUAACUUUCUUACCAACUGAGCUACCGUGUCUUCAUCUCUCAACUGUUUAUUAUUCGCUGAAAGAUAGAUGGCAAUAAUAUGUAUAGCCUUAGAUUCGUACAGAUUGUCCAUUGUCUUGUCAAGUAGACUGAAAAUUCACACUAUUGGAUAAUUAUGGACGUACGACUGUUCGUAGUUUUGUUUUUGUGGUACUUUAGUUAUGAUGCAUUAUGUACACCACCGCUACCAGUUGUCAUGUGGCAUGGAAUGGGUGAUUGUUGUUGUAAUCCCCUCAGCCUUGGCAGAAUAAAGACGAUAAUUGAAAACAAUGCACCUGGCAUUUAUGUGAAUUCAUUGAAAAUUGGAUCAUCAAUUGUGGAGGAUAUUGAGAAUGGAUUUUUCCUAAAUGCAAAUAAACAGGUGGAAGAAGUUUGUAAGCAAGUAGCUAAUGAUCCAGAGUUGAAGGAUGGAUAUAAUGCAUUGGGAUUCUCUCAGGGUGGACAGUUUUUACGUGCAGUUGCUCAGCGUUGCCCAUCACCACCUAUGUUGAAUCUCGUUACUUUUGGUGGCCAGCAUCAAGGGAUUUAUGGAUUACCGCACUGUGGAUAUCCAAAUAAGUGGUGUAAUUACAUUCGUGAACUACUUACAUACGGAGCUUAUUGGAGCUGGGUUCAGAAUGAUCUGGUUCAAGCAGAAUACUGGCACGACCCACUGAAUGAAGAAGAGUAUCGAAACCGCAGCGUCUUCCUUGCGGACGUAAAUAAUGAAAGAGUAAAAAACAAAACUUAUAUAAAAAAUCUGCUGAAACUGAAGAACUUCGUGAUGGUGAAAUUUAAUAACGAUACAAUUGUCGAGCCAGUAGAAACAGAAUGGUUUGGGUUUUACAGACCAGGGCAAAGUACUGAGGUGAUAACACUUCAGGACAGUGAACUGUAUGUUGAGGAUCGUCUUGGACUGCGACAAAUGGACAAACUUGGCAAACUCAGGUUCUUGGCUGUGGAUGGAAAUCAUCUCCAGUUUAGUGAAGAUUGGUUUGUCGAGAAUAUCGUGGAUAAGUAUCUUAAAUGAGUUAACGUUUAAGGUUAAGAUUUGUUUGUCACAUAUCGAACAACAGGGAAGAAUAGCGUAAUACUUCAUACGUUUUAUAAUCUUGACUUGACUUUUAUUUAUUUAAAAAUACUUUUAGUGGUUAGUCUCUCUAGUGCUUUGGGGUUUGCAUUUUGAUGAGACUGGGUCAUGUUUUAGAUCGUGCCAUUGGUUGGGCUGUAACCACAUAACACAAAAUUUGUGAAUCGGCAGUCUCACUUUUCGUGCGCAAAUGAUCCGAGCGGUUUGUCACGGAAAGAGAACUUCAAAAACUUUGCUGUAGCGCGAGAGAGGAACGACGCAACUCAGAUGAUGACCACUAGGAGCGCGACUGCUGGCAUGGCAGUAAGGUGGUGACUCCGAAAAAGAAGAAGGGAGAGAGAGAGAGAGAGCGUCUUUUGUGUUCGAUUCCAUUCCACAGAGUCUGCGGCCACUGCUUGGUGGGGUUUUUGGAGGAGUUCCAUAAAAACGUGUGAAUUUAGUUCACUUUUGCAGCUUGAGUCACCAUUUUACUGCCUUGUUAAAUAAUUGUGCUCGUAGUAACUAUACUUAAAGUAACGUCAUUUCUCUUUAAUGCCACAAACAAUUUUUUGAAGGUCUUCUUUGGAAUAGAGUUUAGUGGGUUAAUUUUUUUAUACUCGUUAGUUGUUUUGAAAUUGCGCGGAUCAUUUUUUUUUCUCUGUACACUGAAAAGAAACAGAUUCAGGCGUUCUGUAUAACUUACGAAAUGUGUUUACCAGGCCACAGUCUUAAUCUGCCUUGUGUUAAAUGUUUAUUGUGCCACAUGCCAAAGAAAGGGUUUUGUUCUUUUGUACCAAAGAGCAUUUAUUUGUAUAUAAAUUGAUUUUAAAAUAUGUGUUGCGCAUUGAUUGUGUUAUUCUGGGUUUGUCUUCUUCUAGUAUCAGCUCCGUAGUCUGAUAUUGGUUGGUCAUUCUGGUUUAUAUAGAUGAAAAAAGUGCACUUAGUGGAAGAAUGUCUGAUGGAUAUUUUGAAAUUCAGAUGAAUAAUUGAACAAUUAACAUGUAGAUCACUUGAUGAAAGUUUUAGUGAUGAAAUUAUAAAAAUCUGUUGAAAAGUC